AGUGGCAUCACGGCCACCUUGUCCUUGUCGCUGCUCUUCUUCCUGGUGAAUCGCCUGCGGCAGCGGAAGAUGCGUGCGCGGGAGAAUCGUCAGAAUGCAGAGGACCAGCGCAGCAUCGUGGGCAGCAUAGGCUACAUAGCCGGGAACAUGGGCUACAUGGAGGGCAAUUUGAGUGCCAUUGACUACUCUUACGGCGGUGCCGCCACCCACUAUCCCCUGUGGAAGCCACAUUUUCCACGCGGUGAGGCUCCUCCGCCAUACGAAGAGGCGGUGGCCAUCUCCCAGGCGGAAGCGCUCAGUGCCCAAUGCACGGUAAGCCUGCCAGCCAGUUCCCAGCGAGCGGUGGCCACCGUCAGCCAGCAGCAACAUCAGGCAGUGGCUCAGGCACAGGCUCAAGCUCAAGCCCAAGCGCAGGCCCAGCAGCAGCAACAGAUCCAGGCCCAGGUGCAGGCCCACCAGCAUCUGCAGCAGCACACCCUCCAGCUGCACACUCAGCCGCAGCAGCACCAUCAGCCGUACAGCCAGCAGUUGGUGGCUCAUGCGCACCCGCAGCACCCACACGCCGCUGCUCCUGUGCUGCCCCAGUCGAACCAGUACACCCAGAGCACCACCAACCUGAUCAACAUCAACAUCAACAGCGGCGGGGUGACCACCAUAGCCACCGGGGAGAACCACCAGCCGCCUUACAGCCUGCAGAGCGACCACCAGCUCAGCCUGGAGCAACAGCAACAGCAACAGCAGCAGCAGCAACAGCAGCAGCAUCUUAUCCAGCCCCCGGUUAGCAGUGGCUCCAUUUGCCUCCAGACCAUGCCGAAGCCACCGGUCUCCGGGGAGUGCAGCUACAAGAACUGCCACCUGAACAUCAGCGCCAGUGUAACCACUGCAGCGGCCAGUUCCAGUUCGGCGGCCUAUACGGCGGGCAGAAGGACCACACCCCGUGGCUCCCAGGAACUGCUGCAUCAGUUGCCACAACAGCAGCAGCAGCAUCAACAACAACAGCAGCAGUAUCUCACCGUGGCCGACGUAGAGAUCAAUGCUAGUGCCAGUGCUGCCAGCUAUCAUUCCCUGCCAGCCAGCAGUGGCGAGCUCCUUGCCACACCCACCCACUCCCAAGUGUUGCACCACCAACAACAGCAGCAGCAGCACCAGCAGCAGCAACAGCAUCUGCUGGCGGCCAUCGCCUCGCCGGCCUUGGAGCUGCUGCAGCCCCUGGAGAUAGCCACGAUCUCGGCGGCACCUGCCUGCAGCACAGCGGAUUCGGUGACCCAGACCACGCAAAUGCCUCUGCAUGGAACACUGAAGAGCAGCCAGCAACAGCAGCAGAUCAGCAAGACACCCUCCAGCUCGAGGCGCUAUCAUCGCACCAUUCCGCGCUACUUCGCUGUGGCCGAUCCCCUUCAGCUGAAGCCCAAGACCAGCAACAGUGCCACCUCCACCAGCGAGAAGCAGCAGGCCACCAAGAAGCCCAUGUGCCAGUGCCCCAUCCAGCACGUGCCCAUGUCAUACAUGGGCAGCACCGCCAAUGCGAAUGCCUUUUUGAGCGGAGCAGGCAAGCUCUUUGCGGGAAACUCUAGCAGUAGCAGCACUUCCACGCCUACCUGCUCCCUGUCUCCGGGUGCGGCGGCCAGCGGAGGGGUUCGCCAUGCGGCCACCUUGUCCUAUGGACAGCGAGCCAAGUCCUCGUCGAAUCUGCAGCAGCAGGCACAGGAUCUUAUUACGGCGGCAACUUCGGGAGGAGGAACUUUGCGACGAAGCGGGUGUGGACACGAGCCCAAGAUAGCCACCAUUUCCAAGCAGGUGGGCGAUGAGACACAUCAUGGCCAUGCGGCCGGAGGCGGCGUGAAUGUAUCAGCCAUCAUACCACCGCCUCCGCUGCAGCAUCCAGAGGAGGUGUCUGCCCCACCCAUUGUCCUGGGCCGCGUGCAGAAGCGAUCCUCCAGCAAUUCCGCCGAACGGGGCAGGAGCUCCAGCGGCGGAGGCAGUGGCGGACGUAGUGCCUCUAGCGGCAGCGGGGGCGACUCCCUCUCCAGCGCCUACUUGAAUCGAAAGGUUGAUGCCUACUUGAGUUUGGCGCAGAAACAGCAGCAACAUUUCUUUAGCCAGCAGCAGCAGCAACAUCAUACAGAUCCGAGCAAUCCGACUUUACCACCGAAACUCUACAAAAGCCUAACGAAUUUAAAGAGCGCCACCGUGGUCAGCACCUCCUCGUCCUCCUGCUCGUCCGGCAGCGGGAACAACAACGCCGUGGCCACCAUCUACACGCUGAGCAAGCCGGUGUCCAGUGGCCAGCGCAAGGAGCAGACGCCCUCGCUGACCCUGCCGCCGGCGAGUCCAGCCGCCGGUUCCGGCGAGAAGCUGGCCAGCGGCAAGAUCAACUCGAGCACCUUUUAUCCGCUGGCCAACCACGUGACCUACACCCUGCCCAAGCACAUCAGCGGCAAGGUGUCGCUGAACAGCACCAUCAACAGUGUGGUCAGCAAGGUGCCCUCGGUGAUCAGCAUACCGCCGGUGGAGAACAACAAUCAGGGUGGGCAGGGAGGUGCUCCGACCAAGAGCACCACACUGCCAAAGAUACUGCGGGUCAAGCGAGACACUGGCUCGGGUUCGGGUUUGGGAGGCGGAGGAGGAGCUGCCACGAGUCUGGCGAUUGCCCACUGCCAGAUGCCCAGUUAUCCGCUGACGGCGAAAUCCACCACCGGAGGAGGAUCCAGCGGGCGGUCGCCCAGCAAACAGCUGCCCGUGUGCACCACCUCUAAGAACUGCCAGAAUCCCAAGGAGCACUUCCUGCCCAACGACACCAGCUUGGACGAUGACUACCUGAGUGAGUGUGAGAACUGCAAGAUAGCGCAGAGCGCCAAGUACUACCUGGAUGCCGAGAUGAGCGGCGGCGGCUCCUCCACCUCGCCCCAGGAGACGAUGACGCUGCAGCGCAAGUCGCUGGAGGAGACCAAAGAGGAGCCGCUCGACAGCUACUACCGCAGCUCGCACACCCUGCCCAGCAAUGCCAAGAAGCAUGGCAAGAACAACAACCGUGAAAAAUGGCAGUUCUCAACAAUACCGGCUGCCAGCUCGUCAGACGAAGACGUCAACGAAUGAGAUUUAAGCCAUUUUCUUUAAGAUGCCCGAUCCCCGACCAGAAGAGCAUCCUAAAGAAAACGCAGGCUCCAAAAACCACACCCAACUCCCCGCCCCGGAAGGCUUAUCAAAUAGAGAAGAAACCUAGGUACCCAACCAAUUGCUGCUGCAACGAGAGAAGGAUAGAUCCUGUAUAUAAGAAUAUUAAGCGUACUUUAAUCUAUAAUAAAUUGUGGCGUUAUAUAUGAGUAGAGGGUAACCAACUGAUUGUUAGACAUAACCAUGACGAUACUCAACCCGAAAAAGGCAUGUAAAUCUGCGUGUUUGUUAUGCACCUGUAUAUCUCUGUAUGUAUGUAAUUGAAUCUGUACCAUACGAUAUGAAUAUGAAACGAUAGGAUAAGGAGUUAGACCGGGCAAAAAUCAAUUAUAACCAAUGCAUUAAGAGGAUAUUAGCGAACUGUUGAAUACUUAGCAUAUAUGAAAUUGAUCACUAAGAUGUCGAACCCUACUGCCAUCUGCCAUUUUGCCAACGUUAACUGUCAAUAAUUGUGUAUGUAUGUAAUAUCAAAUAAUGAAUGUGUGAAAUUAACGUUUUUACAAACAACUAAAGGAAGCUGACCAAAACUCAAGGUAUUUCCCUGCUGCUCAUUCCCAAGAUGCACAAACAUUGCACAUACGAACUCUAGGAUAAGCCAAUUGACAUAUACAUGCAAACAUAGAGGAAAAUUUGAAUUCCAGGCUCAUUACCAUCCCCUGCCCGCUUUAUUGAGAUGUCGGGAUCCAAAAGCUCUUCUAACUUCUAAAUUGCCCUUCUUUUCCCUGUCAACUCAAGUGAAUGUACCAUAAAAAGAAACUACGUCAGUAUAUAGGAGUAAGAACUAGUUUCCAAGUCGUUUUUGUGUGGGGUUAAUAGACAUUAGACGGUUUCUUGAUCGAUAACGAAGGACUUGCUAGAGAAUAACAUUCGUUUGCAUCUUGAAUCGGGCGGGUCCUAGACAGUCUAAUGCCAACGAUAGAAGCACGAUAUAAAGUAUAUGUAUAUGGAAUACGGAUGGGAGAGCAGCGACCCAGAAGAAGUAAUGGGCGAGUGAAUUGUUUGAUUCGAUCAAUUUGCAAAACUAGUCGUAAUCAUACUAAGCCAGCAAGCAAUUAGUCGAAGCUUCACUUAGACGAAAGCCAAAGAUACCCCAGAUAGAUACUGUAAGGUGAAUUAUCCUGAUUUGCUUAGCCUUAGUUCUUUUCCAAUUUAGGUAGUUAUCCCAACUCAAAACAUUUCGAAAACGGUUCUUGUUCCGCCUUUGGUUGUAAUCGAUCUCUCUGACCUGAAAAAUGUAUUGUGUUCAACGGAUGCUCAAAAAAACUAUAAACCGCGAAAUGGAUUGUACACUGUUGUUUAGGUUCGGAUAUCGUAUUGUGUGUACUAUAUGUUCAACGAAGACUCGACUCUGUUAUCAAAUGCUCAAAGCGUGUACUGACCACAACGCAAUCGUGCCCCCCAAUUUUGGGGGAGAAAUUAGCAAACUGAAAUUACAAGUAUUACUGAAAUUACUCAAUAGUAUUAAAUAAUGAAAUCAAACGUUUUUCAAUAUACUUAUUAGUGAGUCAUUUAUCAAAAUUUAGUUUCAACAGUAAAACCAAAACCAAAACAACAUAUGUACAUCACGGCUAAGUACGAAUUUUUAUUCAAUAAGCUAUAUUUACUAUUAAACGAACGUCUCAAAAAACCAAAUAUUAAAUUAACACAUACUUGGUAAUAGUAGUUUAAAAUUACAAAGGAUAAAAAUACAUUAAAAUUAAACUAGUGUGCGAUAGUUAAAACAAAUUUACCAAAUCGAAAAAACCAAACCGUUUCAAAAAUUAUUCAACACAAUGGAUGUCAAGGUCGAAAACUGAUUAACCCAAUCGGUGGCGACGGACCCAGUGUUUCAAAAACGAUAUUGAGAUUUGUAUGAAUAAUGGCUUAAACCACAAAAUAUUACGAGUAUCAAUGUGUUAUUGAAGAAACAUCGUAUUGUAACUAUUUAAAUUUAAUUGAACUAAAAGUGGAAAAAUAAAUUGGUCUAUAAUGAAUAUUAAA